AUGGGGGAUGGAUGCAUCUACAUCAAUCUGUCACGUGGCAUUGUUUCUCACACUUUUGCUGCAGAAGGAGAAUACAUGGUAACUGUGACAGCUCACAGUGCUGCUGCCUCUAACUCUGUAUCCACUAUAGUUGAGGUUUAUAAACUUCAGAUUAUCAGCAUCCUGGCUGAUAGCUGUCUUUCCACAGGGGAGCCAUCUUUAUUCCAGGCUGUUGUAACAGGGCCAGUAAAGCAAGUUCAGUUCUGCUGGGAUUUCCAAGAUGGUAGCCCCCCUUCCAUCAAGCAUGGAAAUGUCACAGUUCUUCACUGCUACAUGGCUGCUGGGAAAUACCAGUUGAAUCUAACAGCCCAUGGCACAGUGAGUACUGUCUCUCAUCAGCUUACCAUUUGUGUGGAGGACAAAAUCAGAUCAGUUCAGUUAUUGGCUCCAAUGCCUGCCGUGGCUUUAGGAGAACCACUGUCCUUCUUGGCUGAAGUGGAUCCUGUACCUGACCCCAUGCACCAGUAUAAGUACCAUUGGGAUUUUGGAAUUGAUGAAGACCCUGUGCUUUCUAGAACACCGGAAAUUACCUUUGUGUACCUGGAAACUGGAGUGUACAUGGUGACAGUGACUGUGUGGAACAUGGUAAGCCGACAAAAUGCCUCAGUGUCUGUUGUUGUUCAGAGAGCAGUUAGUACUAUCUCCAUUCAUUCCAGUGGUGAAACUGGCAUGUUUCUAGCUAUAGGGAUUGCCUAUCUUUUUGAAGCUGAAAUCAACUGGGAUGCUACAGCUACAUUUAAGUGGGACUUUGGAGAUGCCUCACCUCAACAGGUAGGUCAGAGAGCCUCUCACACCUAUCAGAAGGCUGGAGAUGUUACCAUUGUGGUUGUCGGUGAGAAUCUGAUCAGUCAUAAAACAGCUACGCUUGCCAUGGUGGUGCUGACUCUGGUUAAGAACUUGACUCUAUAUGUUGAGCAUCCAGUGGGUGAGUCUGGACAGGAAGUCACAUUCAGAGCUUCCUUAGCUGCUGGGGAUCAUGUCCGGUAUUAUUGGGCUGUUGGUGAAGCAAGUGAAUUGCAAGAAGGGAUAGCCACUUUCUCUUAUAUUUUCUCCACUGCUGGGAUUUUUGUGGUGUUUGCCAUGGUGGAGAAUGCAGUGAGUAUGGAGAAGGCUAAUAUAACCAUUGAAGUCCAAGACACCAUCCAAGGGGUGGUGAUUCAUAGUGAACAUGUGGUACAGAACAAAUAUGUGGCCGUUGCUGAACCAUUCUCACUCUUCAGUGAGGUUACUCAUGGCUCCAAUGUCACUUCCCAGUGGACUGUUUCACAAGGAAAGCAGCAGUUGUUUACUGCUGAAGAGCAGUUGCUCUCAUUCUUCCCCAAUACAACUGGCAAUCUUUUAGUGGAGGUAAGAGUUGGGAAUGCUCUGGGAGAAUUUACCUCCAGUCUUACCCUAGAAGUCUUGGAGAGAGUCUCUGGUGUCAAAAUUCAUUCAACCACUGAUAGGGUUGCAGUGGGGAAACCAGUGAAUCUGAGUAUCUCAGUGACUUCUGGGAUAGAUCUUCUUUACUUGUGGAGAAUGGAAAAAGAUGCACAGCCCCUGUUUACCACCUUCUCCUCCCUUUCCUAUACUUAUACCACUCUGGGGUCCAAACUGGUUUUUGUCACAGUCUCCAAUGCUCUGGGAUCCAGCAAUGGCUCCAGAGAACUCAGAGUCCAAGAACCUGUUUUUGGCGCAAAUUUCAGUUUGAUAGGUGCCACGAGGCCCUUCUCCUUGAAAUCAGGUGCCAUUGCACAGCUUUUGGGUAUGGUAGCCACAGGCUCUGACAUUGCGUGGGAGUGGCAGCUGUGGAGGGAAGGAGAAGAGAAACUAACCUUCCAUGAACAGAAUAUCUCAUGUGAAUUUGAACAGUUUGGAGACUACAAAGUGUUUCUGCGAGUCUGGAAUGACAUCAGUGAAAGUACAAUCAUGGAUACAGUCUCUGUUCAUGAACCUGUGGCUGGAUUGGCUGUGACAGUGGACAAGCAGAACGUAUGCACCAAUGAGGAAGUUACUUUUCUUCUGCAUGUGCUGCAAGGCACAAGCAUGGCCUUUGCCCUCUGCAUCCCUUCAUUGGAUAUUUAUGUAGAAAAUCAGAGAGGGGUUUUCUGUUUGUCUUUUCCAGUGCCAGGCCAUCACCAAGUGUUUGUGUCUGCUUACAACAGCAUUAGCAAUCAGACAGUUGCUAUUCUGGUAACAGUCCUGGAAAAGGUGAAGGGGCUGCACCUCUUAAGUGACUGCCCAUCGGUCCUGGAAUCCAAUAAAGAACUUACAUUCAAAGCAACGGUGCAAAGUGGGGAGAGUAUUACCUUCUCCUGGGCAUUUCAACUUGAUGGGCUUCCUGACUAUAAUGCCACAGGCCAGCAGGUUACUUACAUACCCUCCGAUGAAGGCAACUUGACCAUUCUAAUAGAGGCCAGCAACUCUUUCUGUGCAGACACUCUUACCAUUAUGAGGACCUUAGAGGCGCCAGUAAAGGCUGUUACUCUGUCCUGCAAUGGAACAAGGGCUUUUGUCAAUCAAACAGUAUCAUUUGAUGUGAUUGUUGUUGGCGGCAGCAAUCUUCACACUGAAUGGAAGUUUGGGGAUUCGGUGAAGUCUCUUGCCGACUAUAGAGAUGGUAGAGUGUUUCACAAGUAUAACCAUGCUGGUGAUUACUUGGUAGAAGUUAGAGUCUACAACCAAAUCAGUUUUGUCCUGGCACAGACAAAAAUAACUGUUCAGGAGCUGGGCUGCAAAAACCCCACUGUGAAGCUGGUGGAUCCUCCCUCUGUGAUCUCCAGGUCCUACCAUAGCUAUUUUGAGGCUGAUGUGGACUUGAAAAACUGUAUAGCCUACCGGGCCUUAUAUCAGUGGGAGAUAUUCCACAGUUCUACGUGUGAUCAUUUGUCCAGCACUAACCUAGUUUCAUUACCUUACAUAGAUCGACUAACUCCACGCCUUGUGCUCCCAGCGCUCUCUUUGGAUGUUGGUCCCUACUGCCUACGUUUCACUGUCUCUCUUGAGAACACUCCUUUGUUUCAGGUGGUUUCCAGUAACUUCACUGUAGUCUCCAGCAAGCUGGUUCCAGUCAUCCAAGGGGGAUCCUGGAGGAGCUGGACAGCUAAAUUGGAUCUGGUUUUAGAUGGAAGCAAAUCAUACGACCCUGAUAUAGAAAUGAGAAGAGACUCCUCUCUGGAAUACCAGUGGAGCUGUGAACUGGAGGUAAUAGAAGUUGAAAAGUCAACCAUUACACAUAUAAUUUUCAUAGUUAAGGGAGUUGGUUACUGGGAUGUAUAA